CUAAACCCUAUCACACUCCAUCUUAUCUAUCUCAUCACAAUCCCACGAGUCUACUCAUCAUUACCGUUGCCAUUGUAUGCGCCGGAGCUUUUCCUCGAAUGUCUCGACACUCAGCCGGCCGACCCCGGCCGACGUAACUCAAGAGCCGCCGUGAUUCCCACAAACCCAUCUUUCUCAACAAACCUGAUGAGGGCGGUGAGAAACCUCCGGUUCGCUUCUGCCUCCACAAGGAAACCGGAAGCCAUCGUCGCCGCCGUUACCGAAACCCACAUCAGAGCAACAAUCUCCUGCUGCAAACACCUGAACCUCGAGCUCAAAGUCCGCAGCGGCGGCCACGACUACGAAGGCUUCUCCUACACCUCUCCGGUGCCGUUCGUGAUCCUAGAUAUGUACAACUUCCACAAAGUGGACAUCAACCUUAAGGACGAGACCGCGUGGAUCCAAUCCGGAGCCUCUCUCGGCGAGCUUUACUACAACAUCGCGAAAAAAAGCAAAGUCCACGCUUUCCCCGCCGGAGUGUGUCCUAAAGUCGGCGCCGGAGGACAUUUCAGCGGCGGAGGGUUCGGGAAUCUCUUGAGGAAAUACGGUUUAUCGAUUGACCACAUCAUCGACGCGCAAAUCAUGGACGCGGACGGGAAAGUCUACCGCGACAGACGUUCUAUGGGAGAAGACGUGUUUUGGGCGAUUCGCGGCGGAGGCGGUGGGAGCUACGGCGUGAUUCUUGCGUGGAAGCUUAAGCUCGUUAGGGUUCCGGAGAACGUCACCGUUUUUAAACUGGAGAGAACGGUGGAAGAAGGUGUCAUUGACUUGGUCCACAAAUGGCAGCAAGUGGCUCCGGUUAUCGACAAAGAUUUGUUUAUCCGGUUAGAGAUUAAACCGGUUUACCGGAGCACUACAUCAAAAUACAAGACCAAGACGAUUAACGUGUCCUUCAUUGGAAUGUUUCUCGGUUCGCCGGAGAGACUUUUAAACAUAAUGAACAAACGUUUCCCGGAGCUAUACUUGACGGAACCUGACUGCAUGGUUAAAAAAUGGAUCGACUCGGUCGUUUUCUGGGCUGAGUACCCAGAAAACGAACCGUUAGAGAAUCUUCUCGAAAGAACAUCAGUGAACGAAUCUUACUGGAAACGAACUUCAGACUUCGUUCAAACUCCUAUCUCAAAACGAGGUAUUGCCAAGAUUUUCCAGACGAUGAUCUAUCACUCGCCCCUUCCACGGCGAGUUUGGAUGCAGUGGAACCCUUGGGGAGGCAGGAUGGCUGAGAUAGCAUCUGAUGAGACGCCGUUUACGCAUAGAGCUGGUAACGUUUUCAUGAUAGAGCAUUUCAUGAAUUGGUAUGCACCUGGAGAUGAGCUAGAGGAGGCGUUCUUGGCCAUCUCAAGAAGCUUUAAAAAGGCGAUGACUCCGUUUGUUUCGAAGAAUCCGAGAGAGGCUUUCUUGAACUACAGAGACGUCGAUAUCGGGAUUACGAUUCCGGGGUAUAACGCAACGUUCGAAGAAGCUAAGGUUUAUGGGGACAAGUAUUUUAAAGGGAAUUACUUGAGAUUGUUUCAGGUUAAAGCCGGGUUCGACCCGACUAACUUUUUCCGGUCUCAGCAGGGGAUUCCGGUUCUUGAAUAGUCGACUGUGGGGACUGAACUAGAGAUUCAUCGGAUGUGUUCUUUUCUUGUUCUUCUUGUGGUUAUUCCAAUAUCUAAGAGAAGUCACUGAUGUAAUCUCAAUCUAUUAAUAAUAAAUGGAAUAAUCUUUACUGAUGAGUUCAACGUUAUAAUAAAUAAACUCCUAUUACAACCAGUUAAACUUAAAUUUUGGUUAUUCACGUUAUAUUUAGUUUUACAAAUCGAAAACAUAAUGUAUUAACAUUUCGGGAAAUAUUUCUUCUUAAAAAGCAAACACAGAAGAAAUAAUUUAUUAUUUAAAAAUAAAUUUGGAAAAUAGUAUCAAAUUUGAGGUAAAGUUAUAAUUUCCCAGAAAUAAUACACAUGCAAGGUUUAUAUUUGUGUUGUAAAUGGUUGUUCCAAUCUAUAAGAGAAACGUUUGACUUUUAUAUAUAAUAGAGAAAUUAGGUUUCAAAUAACAAAAGACUAAGUGAUGAGACCCUAAUUAGAUAACUAUACAUUCACUAUUUCUAACACACCUAUUUUUAAUAAUACGACUAUAUCCCUAUAAUAUAUACCCCAUAACUUCUUACAUCCGAGUGAGGUUUUCUUUAACAACAGAGACGUUGAAAUCGGAAUCACCACGCCUGGGUAUAAGGCGACGUACGAAGAAGCUAAGGUUUAUGGGGAGACGUAUUUUAGUGGGAAUUACUUGAGUUUGGUUAAGGUAAACGCCGGGUUCGACCAGAAAGCAAGGGAUUCCGGUUCUUGAUAUUUUUCUCUUUAGCAACUCCGGUUCUUGAUUAGUUUGGUGAUUAAUGUACUGUGGAGACCGGAUAAGAGUUUUAUCGGAUGUGUGUUCUUUCUUGUUCUUCUUGUGGUAUCCAAUCUCAAAGAUAAGCCACUGAUGUAAUUUCAUUCUAUAUAAUAACAAAUGGCUUCAUUUCUGUAAGCUUAAGAAUUUGGAGCUUGGUAGGUUUCUAUAGUGGUGGAGAUUUGAUUAGUGUUUAUGUGUUAUACGGAGAAUGGUGUGUGUCAUACACGUCAGAGAAUAAAAAAGAAACGUGAAGAUGCGAUGAUAUGGUGAUGAGUUCAACACUAUGCACAAGCUUUAGACCCGACUACACUAUACACAUUGUGGUUAUUCAAAUUUGUUUUAGUAAAAUAUCUAAAAAGAAAAUGUAUUGGUAUUUCUGGCAAAUUUGUUUCUUCUUAGAAUUACCAAUACAUUUUUUUGAUGUCAUCAGAAAUGACUAAUAUGCAAGGUUUAUAUUUUUGUGUUAUAUAUAAUUGGUUGUUCCAAUCUCUUUUUUUUUUUAACUCUGAAACUUCAUUACUAGAAAUAAGGUAAUACCCGUACAUCAAACGAUAAAAUAAAUAAAAAAACUCAACCACCACAAGUAGGGCUUAGAGCAGCUUUAACGGGAGUAUUUAAGCAAGGGUUCCAAACAUUAAACUUGUUAAAAAAAUAAAAAAAAAGUAAGAAAGAGAAAAUAUGUACAAAAGAGAGAGAGGAAAAUAAGUCGUUGCAGGCGAAAUUCUCUUGAAGUUUUUAUAUCCUCAGUCUACAGUUCUAGCUUUUUUAAAGGCCCAAAUGAUAAAAAUAAAUGAAAUACAAUAAUUUAAUUUAAACAAUAUUAUUUUUAUUUUUUGGGAAACUUACUGUUUUUUUCUUGGCAACGGAAACUUACUGCUAAGUCCCCGUUAAUGUUGCUCUUGAUAUUCCAAUCUCUAAGAACAUGUUUAUCGAUAAUAUUUAAGUAAAUAUCUCAACAAACAAUUUGACGAAAAUUGUUUUAAAUGAAGUGAGUAUCUCAAAUAUGAAAACUUUAUAUUAUAGCAGCUCCAACGUUUAUUUUUGGUAGAGUAUCUGAAGAUUAAAAAAAAUAGAAAAUAGAUAAAGUUUGAACCGAUCCUUUGGAGACAUAUUUCUUCUGACAUUUUAGAAUCGGUGUCUCUAUAUUUUGUCGUUUUAGUGGUCAAUUAAUUUUCUUAAAUAAAAAUAUUUAUUUUUUAAAUUAAAAUUUAAGAACUUUUGAGAGUAUUUAUAGUUAAGGGUGCUCUUAUAGCUAAAUAGUUUUUCAUAAAUCACUGAUUUUUUUAUCCCUAAUAUAUGAUUUUUAAUAUCUAAUAAGUAUUUUUUAUACAGGGAGUUAAAUAGUAUGAAGUGACUUUAAGACUUGUGAUAUGGUUUGUUAUAAAUAGUAUGAAGUCGAUUGCAAAAAGUGACUUUAAGACUUGUGAUAUGGUUUGUUAUAAAUAGUAGUCUAAUUUUUACAUGUGGAAAUUUUUUCAAGACUUCCUGACCAUAUUUUGGAGAUACAUUAGCUUUAUUCAUCUCAAGUUAUUGAAAUCGAACCAUGAUGCACACAAACUUUAGAACCAACUAAAGUACAAUUGUGGUUAUUCACGUUACUUUUAGUUUAUAUAUUGAAAAAAUGUAUUGACAUCUUGGGUAAUUGUUUUAUUCUUAGAAAGCUAAAUGUCAUUAGAGCUAAAUAAUUGGCAAGGUUUACAUUUUGUGUGUUAUAAAUGGUUGUUCCAAUAUCUAAGAGCAUGCUAUCAGUAAUAUUUAAGUAAAUAUCUCAAUGAACAAU